AUGUCGCCAGCAAGCAUCCGUCGACGCGCACUCCUCUUGUUCGUCUUGACCUCUGCGGCCGCCAGCGAUGAUACGACCUUAGAAUGCCAGAACGAUUGCGACUACGGGAUCCUACCAGGACUGUGGAGGGAUCAGGGGAGACCGCAGUGGCAGCUCGUCAGCCAAUGCUGCCAGCUGCGAGAUCUCGUCGGGGAGGCUCGGCACGCUCCAGCCGACUGGAACAGCACUGAAGAUGAGGACCCAGCCGUGAGAAUUCUGAUAUUUGGCGACUCCGUGGAGCGUAUCACGCUGCACGACCUCUGCGACCAGGACCAGUGGGAUAACUGGGGACACGAUCAGACCCUGUUCCACAGCUGCAGAAGGGGCCGAGUGCUGCUCUCGCGGCAAUCGAUGAUCGGCGUCAACCCAGACGGCCCGUACCACAUGGGGAUGACCGGGUCACCCUUUCAAAGGAUCCUCAACGGCUUCGCAAGCCACAGGGCCUUUACGGGGUACGAGCCAGAUGCAGUGGUGUUUUCCUCCUUCCUGUGGGACAUGCAGCGAUGGGGGCACUACGAGCCAGACAGGAUCUCUGGAAAGGAGCUCGACCCUGCCACCCUGGCUGAGUGGUCUGGGCAGUUCCUCAAUGUGCUACGCUUUAUCCAGGAGAAUUCCCCGGAGGCGGCUGUGCGGGUGUUCAAGACAACAGUGCCCCCGUUGACUAAGGACUGCGCCAGUUCAGAAGGCCGGUUCCAGGUGGCGGAGAUGGGAAGAAAGGGGCAUGUGCUGGCACUCAACGCUGUGGCAAAGGGCGUUGCAGCAGCGGAGGGCUGGGCCACUGUCGACAUGUCACAAGUGACCGGGUACUUUUCUGAGCGGGAGUACCUGCGAGACAUGCACCAUCCAGCCAGGCAGAUCUCACUGACAGCGCUGAAUCUGCUGCUGAAUGUGGUCUUCAGCCGAGUGGAGAUCAGUGGAAGGGAUGCUGUUUUCACCAAUCAGGACGUUUGGGGCAGCUACUAG